AAAAUUUUCAUGAAUCGCCGAGUCACAUGACUGUGCAUUAAAGAAAUGCUCGUGAACAUGCAAAAAUGGUUGAGAAGGUUGCAGUUUUGGUAACAAGUGGUUCGAAAGUCCUCCGUGUAAAUGAGAAGCAUCGACAUUAUUUUUUGCGCAGGAAAUCGAAUUCUGAUUCAAGAAUAGUGUUAGUUCGCUAUUGAUCCGAAAAGUCCGCGGUAUGCUGCAUUCAACAAGCACACAUUACUCGAUAUUGACGCACAAAACGUCAUGCGAACUGUUGGAAUUUGUGUUUUCGGUGUAUUUAGAUGAAUAAAUGUGAAAUGGAACAUGAUGAUUCUCAAAAUAUUGUUGCAUGGAAAUUCAGUUUUUUAAUCCGCAGCGAGAUUUCAUUUCGGUUUUUAGCAUAGUCAUCUUGUGGCGGACCACUUAAAUUGUAAUGUAACAAUUCACAUUGUAUAGCACAAACAGAAAAUAAAACUAGCUGAUUAUGUCCUUUUAUACGAAAUUACUAAAGCCAUCGUAUAAAAACAAGGACGGAUUUUUCGGUUUUGAUCAGGAUUUAUUUCAGGUAUGGAAUAUAAGAUCCCAGUAAGAAAAUCAUGGGGAAGAAAAUUCAAUGUUUGGGGCGGUACGUCAUGGACUGCCAAACUUUGGGCAAAGGCAGCUUCGCACGUGUAGAGCUUGCGACCCACAGUGUAACAGGAUGCAAGGUUGCAAUUAAGAUAAUUGAUACCCGUAAAAUUAAGGAAGAAUACUCUCGCCAGAAUCUACACAGGGAAGCCAGAAUUUUAGCCCAGCUUCGUCACCCGAACAUCAUCCGACUUUACGAAACGUUAAAGGCAACCACUCUUUACUGUUUGGUUCUUGAGUGUGCCUUGGGUGGAGAUUUAAUGACGUUUAUCAGGACUUACAAACAAUUAUAUUUACCCGAGGACAAAGCUCGAGACUUCUUCAGACAACUUGUAUCUGCAGUGCACUAUCUUCAUGAAAGGGGAGUUGCUCACAGGGAUUUAAAAAUGGAAAACAUCAUGUUGGAUGAGAAGAAAAAGAAUAUCAAAAUAGUUGAUUUUGGACUUAGUAAUACAUUUAACAAGGAUGAACUGAUGAAAACAAGGUGUGGAUCUUUAGAAUAUGCCGCUCCAGAACUGUUCCACCCAUCGGACAAGUACGGGCCAGAGGUGGAUGUGUGGGCAAUAGGUGUCAUAACGUAUGCAAUGGUAAUAGGGAAACUUCCGUUCACAACUCCAUACACUGAUCAGUACAGAAGACAGAAACUCCUCCAACAGGUGGAAAAAGGGAUCACUGAAGUUCAACUCAAAGAAAUGUGUAAUCUCAGUGAAGAAUUGAAACAGUUACUCUGUAAGUUGUUGGAGCCAAACCCCAGUCAUCGUCUGCCCCUGAUGGAUGUGGAGAUACACCCCUGGGUGACCUGUGAUGCCAAAAUGCCUUUCUACCCAUUUCAUGCCUUUCCAAGGGACAAACUGCUCAAGUCCCAGGUCAUUAAUGAGUUGUCAGAAAUGAUGGAAAUGAACAAGGAGCAGGUGGAAAAAACUGUUCAUGAAAGUAAAUGUGAUGAACUGUCGGCCAUGUUUAACAUGAUGAUGGACAAUAAAAGGAAAGAAAAGGGAGUAUUUGACCUGGACUACACCAGCUUCCAUGAAAAAAGAAGAGAAAAAAGAGAAUCUAAAGCUGCUACCUCCAACCCUCACCUUCACAAAGAUGGAACUGGGACACCAAUGACAGAGGCAGAGAAACUGCAGGCUGCUCAUGAUCACAAAGUCAGCACUGCAUUUGACUUCAUGGCUCUUUGUAGUGCUCCUACGUGGCUAGAGGGAAAGAAAAGGCGAUCCCGAAGACGAAAGAAUCCUUUGCAUUCACCACUUCCAUCUGCGACAUCUGAGGCGGAAUCUGUUCCACACUCAACAGAAAACUUGGCUCAUACUCAGGGAAUUCCUGGACAAGACAACCCCAAUCUGUUAUCACCUGGUCAAGCCCAGCCCUACAACAGACGCUCCCUCAGACGGAGAUCCUCAAAAAGGAGGCAGGGUCCUCGAUCCAGUUCUUAUGGCCCAGGUCACAGGAGGACUGCUAGCAUGAAGGAACACACAAGUUCUUCACAACCCAAUAGUCCUGUACUGCUUGUUAAUCCAGAAAUUAAGAUUGACCCUCCAAUUAGUGCAAAUCAAACUCCAAGGUCUGCCACAAUUCAACUCCAUUCUGAUUCUGUGACACUAUUGGUGCCUGGCCAGAAACAACACAAAUCCUGUAGUGAUGUGAUGGAUGAUUCCUCACAUGACGAGAGUGAUCAGAAUAACUCAGAUGCUUCCUGUCCAAAUUCUGCAGGAUACCUUCAUCCAGAAGAAAUAGUUCCUGUAUCAGUUAGCAAAACUACUACAUCCACUGCUGAGAUACAUUCCAGGCAAUCAAAACAUCCAUUGUUAGAGGCUGUGCAUCAGGACUCUGUCGAGGCAAAAAUUGCUUCUGCAGAUAUCAAAGCCAUUGUGAGACCUAAAAACAAGUUGAUCUCUCCAUCUAGGAAUGGUCAGAUUCAAACUGCAGUAGAUCAUUUUGCAAAGAGUGAAAAAGAGUGCAAUUAUUCCUCUUCUGGUUCUUGUGAUGAAAAUUAUUCUUCUAUGCAAAAGAGUGACAUUCAGGUGUUGUCAGAAAGUGAUAGUCAUGAUGAAGCUUGUGGUGGAUUUGACCAAGUGGAUGGAAAUUCUCCAAACAUGCCUCAGGAUGUAGGAAUUGUAUGUCUUUCAGAUGUGGACUGUUCAGAGGAUCAGUCAGAUAGUAAAACCAAUUUGUUGGAUGUGGUAAAUCCGAGUUCUGUGGUGAAGGAAAUCCAUCAUCCACUGAAAGGGAGGAGGAUUAAUUCCAAAGAUCAAAUUGUGAAAAAGACUACCAUGAAGGACUUAAAUCCUAGCAAAUUAUGCACACCUCAAAAGCUUGAAUUGAAAUUGCCAGUGGUGAAAAAUUUCCCCAGUGUAGAAAGUGUUCAUGCCAAAGAUAUUGCCAAUAAUGCCAGUAGUGAUGUGAAUGUACCAGAGUCUUCUAUUCAACCAAAUCUUCCAGAGGACAAGCUUAGUCCAUUAACUCCAUCAGAAAGCUAUUCAAAACACUUGUAUAAGUUUGCUAUGCCCAAUACCCCAACUAGAAACAUGUUCAAAACUCCUCUUGCUCGCAUAGAAAGCUUCCACAGUGAUGACUUUGAUUUCUUGCUUUCAAAUACUGAAUUAAAAUCUACAGCCACAACUCCUUCCAGCUGUGUGCAGACCCCAACCUUGCCAUGUUUUGGCUACAAACUCAACCUGAAAAAGAAAAAUGCAAAAUUAAAGUCUAAUAAAACCAAACAAAAAUCCUCCCUUUCAAAUUUGCAAGGAAGCCCAAAAUAUGCAAAUGAGGAACCAGAAGUCCAAGAAUGUCAGAGUAAUUCUGUGGACCCUUUAUCUGCUGGUGCUGGGAAUGACCAAAAUAAAGCAGAUGAUGGAUUGGACAAAGGGUCAACAGUCAGCAGAGCCAAAAUACAUCCAAUGAACAAAGAAGAUCAGGAGACAGAAUUAUUAGUCAAAGGAUCCAAGAUUUCCCAGUCAAACCAGAAGAAUCGCUGCUUGACCAAUAAUGACAAUACUGACAAUGACAUCAAGGGCAAGAAUACCCAGAACUGUUCUGACAAAAAUGGUAAACACAACACAGAGAGCAAAAAGUUUAUCAAAUGUUCACCAUGGAAGCAUGGCUUUGUACAGUUUUUAAGGAAGAAGAAACCAAGUCAUACUCAUCGUAGUCAAAACAACAACGACUCUGUCCAUUCCAAUCACCAUGUGGACUCGCGCAAUGGGCACGCUCGAAUGGCCUGUAACAGCGCUCUCCAUCGACCUAACCCCGAUGACAGCAGCAGUGAAAUGGAGACUGCCUUCUCCCCAUCCCCUAUCCCUGUGUUUUCUGAUAGUUUAGAGGUUCAUCCCUCCCCUGUUCCCGGUCAUAUUCCCCCCUCACCUGCAUCAGCCACUAAAGUCUUUGAUUUUACUGUGGUAUCCUCAGAAUCUCCUCAAGCUAAGUCGUGCCUUCUGAGUUGGAAAGGGUGUAGAGAUUGUACAUACAGUGAUGACCAGCAAUCUGAUGAUGGUGUAGCAGGGAAGUGAGUGCACCUUCAGGUUUGAACAGAGUGUGGAUGUAGCAAUCAAAACAUCAAUGGCAAUUAAGAAUGUGCAGGAUGCCAAGAAGUACUCUGCCUACAAAAAAUAUGCUCACACAUGACGGUCCGUCAGUCACCAAUCAGCACAGGAAGACAGACAGACAAUGCAAACUUGUGUACUUGUGAUAAUGUAGCCUCGUAUGUGUUCAGUCUCCCAUCAGAUGCAGUUGUGGUUGUCGUGGUGACAGAUUCAGAGAGAGGCUGACCAAAAUGGCAGACCAUCUCUGUGUAAACCAAUCACAGCUAUGAUGACUAGGUCUGUGAUGGGGACUCUGGUUUUUCUCUGAAUCUGCCACAAAGUUGAGAGCUUUGUACUCCCUUUCAUUCCCAUUGAUAUUUUCAAUAUAAAUAAAUUAUCAUUCCAGUUUGUCAUGCAUUGUUCAUGGCACAUGAGAAACAGUUUCUAGGGAAGAUUUUUUUUUUACCAAAUGGUUGAGCUCUUGUCUAUCAGCUGUUAAUAUUUUUCCUUUUUGAAAUAUUUCUUUAUGGUAGCACCUGCACAGAAACAGAGUGAGAGCUUUAUAAUCACAAAUAUUAUAAAGUCUUGUACAGCUUUAACUUUUUUGUAUUUUUGUAAUUGAAUCAUCCUACUUUCAUCAUGUUCAUGUUUUAACAAUCAACAGACCAUAACAAUCCAUGAUACAGUUGAUAUUUUCCUUUCAUUUCAUGCAGAUAACUCCAUUGUACUUUAUUGUCUUUGACAGAAGAGUUUAACUGGUUGUGAUAUACUUUGUUUUAACCAAUACGGUGUACCUGUUACCCAAGCAAAGAAAGAGAUGUAUAUGUGUAAAUUUAUUCAUUAAAUAUUUUUAAAGGAAUUAACAUUUUAAAAAAAAUU